UAGAUAAGUAGAUAGAUGGUCGAGAUUAGGCGGAGUGUUCUCCUAAUCCGAAUAGUUUACAGAAUCCGGAACACUUAUGGUUUGAGGUUAUAAAAACACUAAUUGUUUGGCGGUGUAACCCCUAACCGUCAAAAUUUCUGGCGAUCACAAAAGAAAUUCAUCUCUUUCAGUCUUUCUACGAAGUUACAGAUUUCAUCCCAGUUUUCUUCCGAAUAUUUCGACGAUUCAAAAAAAUUAAAGGUUUGUUUAGGUCUAAAUUUUACCAUAUUUUGUAUGUUUAGCAAUAAAUAUUUGAGUUAGAACUAGUAAAUUUCCAAUUUUACUCGUUAGUAUGCGUCUAUGCGAGCACCGAAACGAUCACAAGAAGAGCUGUGCAUGUUGGGUUGAUUGAGGAUAUAUUUGAUUUGAUUUGUUCAUAUUAUUGUGCGUAUGGAGGUGAAAUUCGCUUGCUUUGAUAUGAAUGGGUCUGGUAAUUUUCAUGCGGAUUAUAUUUCAUUGAUUCCGAGAAAUUGUUGGGAUAGUGAGUAUCGAAGUUAUGCGUUUUAUUAUCGUCUGAUCGAAUGGAAGAGGAAAGCUGCACUUUGGAUUUGGAUUGAUAAAGAUGAGGAUUAUAGUUGUUAUUAGAUGGUAUGUUUUACUUAUGUUUUUCACUGUAGAAUGACGGAAACGAUGACGGAAACGAUAACAAGAAGAGUUGUGCAACAACACCACCGAGGUUCGUUCAGUUGGAAUCGUCGACCUUCCCCUAGCAAGGUCUGUAAGUUUUGGUUGGCUGGGAACUGCAGAAAGAACCCAUGUCGCUUUGCGCACACGGAUGUUACUGCACCUGUCAAUCGUGUUUUGCGCUUGAAUCGUUCGAGUUUUAGGGAGUCCCAUGAUCCCAAAAAAGAAGAAAAUAUUAGGGAAAGGAAGCAGAAUUUGUCCCUUAAGAAGAAGAAUGAGGUUAAAGAAUGUCAUCCUGAAGAAUGUGAGGAGAAAGUUACUCCAUGUGCCUCUGCUGAUGCUACAACAGGAGAUGUUGACAAGUCCCAGUGUACUAAGAUAUGUGAGCAUUGGAUGAAGAAUAGUUGUGUUCAUGGUAAAGACUGCAAAUUCCUGCAUUCUUGGUGUUAUGGCGAUGGAAUUACCAUGGUGGCUCAACUUCAGGGACACAACAAGGCUGUCACUGGAAUCACUCUGCCAGCAGACUCUGAUAAGCUUUUCAGCGGUAGUAAAGAUGGGACUGUAAGGGUUUGGAACUGUCAUACGGGUGAGUGCAUUGGUGUAGCUGAUGUGGGUUCACCAGUUGAAAGUCUGAUAAGUGAAGGACCAUGGGUGCUUGCAGGAUUACUAAAUUCUGUCAAGGUAUGGAACAUUCAAUCAAAUGCCGAAUUCACUCUUAGUGCAUCAGCAGGACAAGUUUAUGCCAUGGUUGCGGCUAAUGGAAUGCUGUUUGCUGGAGCUCAGGAUGGUUCAAUAUUAGUGUGGAAAUUCAAUGCUGAAACUUCCUCUUUUGACUCUAUCUCACCGCUGAAGGGUCAUAUGGGUGGUGUGGUCUCGUUGAUUUAUGGGGCUAAUAGGCUUUAUUCUGGUUCAAUGGAUAACACGAUAAGAGUGUGGGACUUAGAGACCAUGCAAUGCAUCCACACUCUUGCCAAGCAUUCUGAAGUUGUGAUGUCUGUUCUUUGUUGGGAGCAAUAUCUGAUAUCAUCUUCUUUGGAUCGGACAUUAAAGGUUUGGGCUGCCACUGAAGCAGGAGAACUGGAGGUGACUUAUGAACACAAUGAGGAGCAUGGUAUUCUAUCUCUUCGUGGUAUGCAUGACGCAGCAAAUAAGCCAAUAAUGCUGUGCUCAGGCAACGACAAUACUGUGUGUCUGUAUGAACUACCAUCCUUUGUUGAGAGAGGCAGGAUAUUUUCUAAGCAAGAAGUGCGAGGAAUUCACGUUGGUCCUGCAGGGCUUUUUUUCACCGGUGAUGGGACUGGUCUGGUGUCAGUGUGGCGAUGCUCAAGUGAUUCAACCGCAUCAUCGGACAAAGCUGCUUAAAACUGAGUAGCUCAGUUUGAUUAUUCGACAAUCCACUUCGUGAAAUAGAGAUUGUUUGCUUCCCCAUUGUAAAUGUAACUACAUUGAUACAAUUCACAUGUACAUAGUCAGUUGGUGUGGUUUACUCGCUUGUGGGUAUAGGUUCCUUUGGAACUUAUAAAAAGUGUCUCCUUUGGAGACCACCUGCUUGUUGAGUACGGCUUUUUCCUACCUCAAAGAGGAGGUUUUUGCCAGCAAAAACCUAUCCAACAUUAAUUUAUACAUUUUGUCUUGCCUUUCUCUAGAAAAUAUAUCAUUGUAAUAUUGGAAGAUCCGUUAGUAUAUUGUGGUUUUUUUAGCCAUGUAAAUUUACAGGACACUUCUUUUUAUCUA